AUGGACUUGAGGACCUACAACUCAGAACUCCUUCUUUCCUCACAGAUGGCUGGUGAAUCGACCGACAAGAACCAUGCAGCAGAGACCUCAGGAGUCAAGGAUAAGGAGCGGAAAUGCAAAGGCUCCCCAUCCAUGGACUGGAAACCACGCCAACGCUCUCGUGAACGCAACCGAUCCAAAUCGGCAGAAAGAAGCGUCUCCCCCAAGUCCAAGGACAGGAUAAAGAGGGAGAAGGAUUUGAAAAAAGAGGAAGAUGAUGAGAAAAAGAAGAAAGGAAAGGUACAGCCACUCUCUCUAGAAGAGCUUCUAGCCAAGAAGAAAGCGGACGAGGAGGCCGAGGCGAAGCCCAAGUUUCUGUCCACGGCAGAGUGUGAGGCGGAGGCUCUGAAAAGGAGGCAGCAGCAGACUGAGGAGAGGAAGAACACUAUCCAUGAGGACAGGAAAAAGAGGAGGAUUUUCCAGGACAUCGGGAGGAAGAUGAUGGGUGAAGGUUUGUCUGUCCGUUUCCCGGAGGACCCCCAGGAAAGGGACAGACGAGAACGGAGAGAGAGGAUGGAGCGUGAGAACAACGGGGAUCAAACGUACGACGGAAAACAGAAGAUCAGAGAGGAGAAGGAUAAGGGCAAGGAGCUCCAGGCCAUCAAGUGGGGAUUCUCUGAUUUAGUUCAAUCACAAGCUUUGAUAUGGAGUGGGACUAAGAAGCGCCAGCGGACACGCCACCUGAAUGACAGAAAGUUUGUCUUUGAGUGGGACGCCUCUGAAGACACUUCUACCGACUACAACCCCAUUUAUAAGGAGAAGCACCAGGUCCAGCUGUAUGGGCGCGGCUUCAUAGCUGGUAUUGACCUGAAGCAGCAGAAGAGAGAUCAGUCACAUUUCUACGUGGACAUGAUGGAGACGAGACGCACACUGGAGGAGGAGCAGGAGGAGGUGCGGCUGAAGAAGGUGCGUAAGAAGGAGGCCAAGCAGCGGUGGGAUGACAGACACUGGUCCCAGAAGAAGCUGGAGGAGAUGGCGGACAGGGACUGGCGUAUCUUCAGGGAGGAUUACAGUAUCACCACAAAGGGUGGCAAGAUCCCCCACCCCAUCAGGAAUUGGAAGGAGUACAACCUGCCCCCACACAUCGUGGAGGUCAUUGACAACUGUGGCUACAAGCUCAGCUGUGAAGACUUCAUAUGCACACACACAGACACACACGAUCCAACGCCUAUCCAGAGACAAGCUAUACCCAUUGGCUUACAGAAUCGUGACAUCAUCGGCGUGGCUGAGACUGGUAGCGGUAAAACAGCUGCUUUCCUCAUCCCCCUAUUGGUCUGGAUCACUACCCUGCCCAAGGAUGAAAGGAUGGAGGACUCGGACCAGGGUCCGUAUGCAGUGAUCCUGGCCCCCACCCGUGAGCUGCCCCAGCAGUUUGAGGAGGAGACCCUUAAGUUUGGUAAACCUCUGGGGAUCUGCACCGUGGCCGUCAUCGGAGGUAUCUCCAGGGAGGACCAGGGCUUCCGCCUCCGGAUGGGCUGCGAGAUAGUGAUAGCCACCCCGGGUCGUCUGAUAGACGUAGUGGAGAACAGAUACCUGGUCCUGGGCCGCUGUACCUACGUGGUACUGGACGAGGCUGACCCCAUGAUAGACAUGGGCUUCGAGCCUGACGUCCAGAAGAUCCUGGAGUACAUCCCUGUGACCAAUCAGAAACUAGACACGGACGAGGCAGAGGACCCAGAGAAAAUGAAGAUGAACUUCGAGAUGGGAAAACACAAGUACAGACAGGAAGAGGCUGCUGGAAGUUACGAGCCGCCCAUCAUCAUCUUCGUCAACCAGAAGAAGGGUGUUGACGUGCUUGCCAAAUCUCUGGAGAAGAUGGGGUACAAUGCUUGCACGUUGCACGGAGGCAAGGGCCAGGAGCAGAGAGAGUUUGCUCUGUCCAACCUGAAGGCUGGGGCCAAGGACAUCCUGGCGGCCACCGACGUGGCUGGGAGAGGUAUCGACAUCCACGAUGUCUCCAUGGUGCUCAACUGUGACAUGGCCAAGAACAUCGAGGGGACGGCUGCGUUGGCGAUUGUUGCGCUGGUUGUGCCCCUGCUGGGCAUCAUGCUGGAGCAGCCUGUCCUGUGA